AUGAAAGGAUUCGGUCGUCGGAAUACUGCUUCCAUGCAACCCCCGGAAGGUCUUGGAACUGGUCGACUGUGGGCCGAAUUAUUCGACCUGGGUUUGACCAGUUAUCCGUUUAAAAAGUACUCGAUUGGCUUCAAUGAUAUUGCAACAGUAAUUGGCAACGAUGAUAAAGUGAAAUAUUUUGAAAAAGACCACAAUGUUCGAAGUCACAUCAGUAACGAUUAUGGUCACACCAUGAUCCUUACAAUUUAUGGAUUACAACACGACGUGGACAUCGAUCUAAUUGGAACGAUUGUUUCUCAUUUCGCUCCGAGUUUGAAGCCAAUCUAA